GACCGCUGGGAUGCUUCUCUUCCCCCUUCACUUGGUGCCCCGUUUCACAGAGCUCCAGGUACGGAUUGAGCUCUCGCCAUGGACGCGCCUGGCGCGACAGAGGCAAUCGAGAGUGUCCGCCAGGACGGUCACGCCCCCGUCUCUCACAUUAGCCGAAACACAUCCUCCGAGGACAGGAAUCACCGCUCCCAGCCUGGUGAGCUUGAGGAGGAGACCGACCACAGUCGCGAGGACGAGGAGACAGAAAGCGAGACAGAGGCUGGGGAUGUUGAUCACGAGGAAGGCGACAGUGAUGACGAGGAAGAGGACGAGGAACCACGUCUCAAGUAUGCUUAUCUGACCAAGCACCUCGGGGCGGUGUAUCGCAAUGGUGAUGCAACAAGUGCCUUUCUAGCUGCCGGGGACAAAAUGAUAAUCGGCUCCCACAAUGGAAAUAUCCAUGUACUCUCGAUACCCCAAUUGCGUUCCCUUCGUGUCUAUCACGCUCAUUCGGCGAGCAUCACCUCGGUCUCGAUCUCGCCGUACCCCCCUCCACUACCGACCGUGAAACCCGAGUAUCUCGCCCGCUUCGCGGAUGACCCAGACUACGCCUCCUCCAAGCUAUCUUCGGGCGCCGCUAGCCUCCGUGGCAGACAAAGACCUACUCAGCCCGCCAUACCUUCGACGCCUUCCAACUCGAUAUACAUUGCUACUUCUUCUAUCGACGGGAAUGUCUGCGUGGCAUCUCUGCUUGAUUCCAAGGAUGUCCUUUUGCGAAAUUUUGGACGGCCGGUGCAAGCCGUCGCACUAUCACCGGAGUACAAGAGUGAUAGGACGUAUCUGUCAGGCGGCAGGGCAGGCGACCUAAUUCUGACUGUCGGAGGCCGAGUGGGUGUUAGUACAAACUCGACGACCAUGGGCGGCGCUGCGGCAGCUGCCUCAAGCUGGCUUGGGUCCAUAGGCCUCGGCACCAACACUGGGAAAGAUUCCGUUUUACAUGGAGGGGAAGGUGCCAUCAGUACGAUUAAGUGGUCCCUGUCGGGUAAGUAUGUUGUAUGGGUGAACGAGGAGGGCAUCAAGAUCAUGCGCUCGAACUUGCACCUCGAUUCGCACGACUCGGAGUUUGCAUGGAAGCGCAUCAGCCAUAUCGACCGUCCUAACCGUCCCGGCUGGGACGAGAUGGCGAGCGUAUGGAAAGCACACGCGGAAUGGGUAGACGAGAAUUCACUGGACAUUGAUGACAGCCUGCAGACGAGAGGCGGUACGAGUCAUACUGAAAGCUCGGCUCCGACGCAUCCCACAAUUGUCAGGGAGAAGGUCGAGAAAUUGGUCGUAGGCUGGGGUGGGACUGUCUGGGUAAUCGAUGUCUACCCUGAUAGACCAAGCAAGAAUAACAGAGAUCACAAGAUCGGGUCCGUGGAGAUAACCACAAUACUACGGACUGAUUGUGUGAUCUCCGGUAUCUCUUUGUACACACCAAAGCUUCUGGUCGUCCUUGCGUACAUGGAGGCAGAGCAGGAGUCGCCCGAGGACGACCGCGGCAAACAUGGAGGCCGCCAAACCGGAUCGCGCCGUCGCCCUCGAGGUCUGGAGCCGGAGCUCCGACUCAUCGAUCUCGAAACAGAGACCGAACUCAGUGCCGACAGCCUCUCGACUAGUCGCUAUGAGACGCUCACCUCUUCAGACUACCACAUGUGCAUCCUGCCUCCAUGGAAAACAAGCGUACCUGCUUCACAGCGGGGGGCGCUGGAAACAAUAGGAAAUGGUCUCUGGGAUGCUACAUUCUACCCGGUGCGACUCUUCAAUUCUGGCGCUAGUAUACGCAGCACUACCAGCAGCGGCGACAAAGGCUCUAGCAGGGCACCGAGUAUUUUUGCCUCACGGCGCGUACCCGCAGAGGAGCCUCUUUCCAAAGAGAUCCAGGACUUGGCAGGAAGCAUAGGGCCUAAGAUCCUCGUGCACAGCCCAUAUGAUUGCGUGGUAGCGCUCAAGAGAGAUCUUGCGGACCGGUUAGCCUGGCUGGAUGCACAUGAGAAGUACGAGGAAGCAUGGACGUUGCUCCAGGAACAUCCAGAAGCAGCGGGGGCCGGAAGCGAGAUGAAUGACACCGUACCCGGGACACCUUCGAUAUCUCAAGGAAGCUUUGGAGAAUCAUUCAUCGACGAUGCAGCUUCAGUCAUAACUACCACUGCUCGAACGAACGCAUCCGCCGCAGAGCAGGAAAAGCGCCGUAUCGGGGAACUAUGGCUCGAGCAGCUGGUCGAGCAAGACCAAUGGCGUGAAGCUGCUGACGUCUGUACCAAAGCACUCAACACUACACACAGGUGGGAGCACUGGGCUUGGAAGUUCAUAGAAAAUGACAAGCUGGACGAGAUAUCUUCUGUGGUUCCAUUGAACAUGCGUCCGCCGUUGUCUGCGGAUCUCUAUGAGACCAUCCUUGGUCAUUACGUCGUGCACAACCGGCCGAAGUUCAGCCAGUUAAUUGACCAGUGGCCUUUCGACCUAUUUGAUGCAAAUAACGUCGCGACAGUGGUAGAAGGGCAACUCAGCGAGUUGACCACGGAGACAGAUGACUGGCGUAUCCUGUCAAAAUGUCUCGCCAAACUGUAUCUGGCGGGAGGCCACUACGGCGAAGCGUUACAUUGCUACAUCCGCCUUCAGGACGCAGACACGGCGAUGGCUCUGAUUAAGGAUCACCGUCUUCUCGACACCUUGACAGAUGACAUUCCUGCUUUCAUUCUCAUUCGGGUCUCCAAAGAACAGCUGAAGUCGGCGCCCACGUCCGAGCUCGAGGAGCUUACCGCAGAGCCGAUCAAGCUCCUAGUGAGCGAAGCAUAUACCGGAAUUGUGCGACCAGAGCUCGUUGUCGAGCAACUUCAAGCGGCUAACAGGCUCCUCUAUCUCUACUUCUACCUCCGAGCCCUUUGGCGCGGCGAAUCGCUGCCCCACGGCGUCGCCAAACCUCGCAGGGGCCACUUUGCUCAUAUCCGCGAUGCAGCCAGCAAGCUCGCGGCCGACGAAGGCAAAGCACUCGUAGACAACUUCGCCAACACGGCCGUCGAGCUGUUCGCCGAUUACGACCGACCUCUGCUCAUGGAAUUCCUCCAGACCAGCACCUCGUACGCCUUCGACCUGGCCGUCAACAUCUGCGAGACACGCCAUUUCACGCCCGAGCUCAUCUACCUUCUCUCCAAGACGGGCCAGACGAAACGCGCCCUGAACCUCAUCCUAUCCGACCUCAAGGACGUGUCGCAGGCGAUCCAAUUUGCCAAGGCCCAGAACGAACCCGACCUCUGGGAAGACCUCCUCGACUACUCGAUGGACAAACCGCGCUUCAUCCACGGCCUCCUCGUCGAGGCCGGCACCUCGAUCGAUCCCAUCAAGCUCGUCCGCCGGAUCCCCAGCGGGCUUGAGAUCGAGGGCCUCCGCGACGGUCUGACCCGCAUGAUUCGCGAACACGACCUACAAGCCAGCAUCAGCCAGGGCGCCGCCAAAGUCCUUCAAAGCGAGGUGGCCAUCGGCAUGGACACUCUCCGCCGCGGUCAACGCCGGGGCAUCAAAUUCAACAUCAUCGAGGAAGAUCACAAACGGCCCGUCACAGCGGGGACGAUCGAAACAGCAACCGCCUCCUCCUCCGCCGCCGCCGCCGCCGCCGCCGCAACCAGCGACGCCAUCACCGAAAAGAGCAUCACCACCACCAUCACAGCAGCGACGCAGUCGGCCGCUACUGCCUCCCCGGCUGGCCGCUGUGCAGGGUGUAGUCGCCCCUUCCGCGCCAAUGAAAAAGAAAUCCUCGUGGGUUUCGCCUGCGGCCACGUCUUCCACCUCUCGCAUAUUCAUGCCACCUCCUCCCCCUCGACAACCACCAGCAGCCCGAACACCCCCUACAACCGCUCGGCCGUGCACACGCCGCGCCCGUUCUCGCCGUCGCGCACCAUCACCCUCGAGGACAUCUCGACGGCGACGGCUCGAACGGUCGGACCGAAAGUGACGACCGCGCGGCUGCUUCGGGAUAGGGUCGGUGAGGGCUGUCGCAUAUGCACGCUGGCCAAGGAGUUGGAUGCCAUUGGGGAUUCUUCGGAUGCGUAGGUAGGAGAAGAGCGGGGAGAGACUGGGUCUGGAUUUGGGUCGGAGCCCGUGCAUGGUGCUACUAAGGCAUCCCUGAGCCCGUCAGAUGAGGGGUCGGCGAGGUCCUUCAAUACGGCCUUCUGUCUGGGCGGGCAUGACUGACUGAGGCGGUCGAUGAGACAUGGAUCCUCACGUCAAGUAGCGCUCCGUAGCUUCGCGGCUGCGGCCCCCUUGCUGCAGCUAUUUGGAUAGAGGGGUAAUAAUGAUCGGACGUGCUGUUGACCGAGUAUGUAUAACUGAUCAGUAUGGGUCAUAGAGGGCGAGGGUGGACAGGUUCUUAACUCGCUCCUAGAGCGACUAGGCUAUGUAUGUUUAUCAUUUAGGAGAUACCCCACCAUGGUAGCAACGAACGACUGUG